GGCUGCUCGGGCGGCUCGGCUGCAGGGCGGCUCGGCGGCUGGGCGGCUCGGCAGCUGGGCGGCUCGGCGGCUGGGCGGUCGGCUGCACGGCGGCUCGGCUAGUGGGCGGCCGGGCGGCUCGGCUGCAGCGCGGCUUGGCGGCGGGGCGGCUCGGCUGCUCUGCUGCUGGGCGGCUCGGCUGGGCCGCUGA